CUUCGUGAUGCGCGUUGCGCCUUUCUUCUACAAAUUUGCAACGUAUUUAUUUUUCUUUAUAACCCAAUCCUCUGUUGUCUGAGAGCCACACAGCAGAUCUACAAUUCAUUUGCAGGAGCUCAAGGUCCGUCUCUCUCUCUCUCUCUGGUACUUAUAUUAAAUUAUUAAUUAUAUAUACCAUUCUCUAUUGCAGUGGUUGAACAUAGACCCAAUCCUCUGUUGUUUGAGAGCCACACAGCAGAUCUACAAUUCAUUUGCAGGAGCUCAAGUGGUUGAACAUAGACGAAAUUUAAGAAAGGCAACUUGCUAGAUGGAAGAAUCAGCAAGUGCAGAAAUUCAAGAAGCAAAUGCUUGGGUAGUAAAUGUGAAUGAAAAUUCUGAAAGUGAAAGGGAAGCAAACAGUUCAAGUGGAAAUGGAAGUCAAAAUGGAGAAGUUGAUAGAGAAGCAAAUCCUUCAAUCGGAAAUGAACAUCAAGAUAGAGUGUUGGCAAAUGACAUCAUACAAAUGCUAGAAAGCUCAGAGCCUCCUUUAUCACCUGGAUUUUGUAUCUACAGGGUUCCACAAGAUCUUCGCAAAUUGAAUGAAAAAGCCUAUACUCCUAAGUAUAUAUCAAUAGGGCCUUUUCAUCGUGGUGAUAAAAGAUUGGAAACUAUGGAAAAGCUUAAAGUGAGAUAUCUUAAGAUAUUUUUGAAAAAGGCUGAGCAAAAUAUGGAGAAAUUAAUAAGCACUAUAAGGGAUAGGGAAGGAGAUGUUCGUCGUUGUUAUGCAGAGACUAGCAGACUUAGCAGUGAUAAUUAUGUGAAAAUGAUCCUUCUAGAUGCGAGCUUCAUUAUUGUGUUUUUCCUUAUCAUGUCUGAGACUGAAGAAUGGGAGUGUGAGGACGAGCUUGUAAUAUUAAUGUCACGGUUGAUGCAUGACAUGUCGUUACUUGAAAAUCAACUUCCUUUCUUUGUUAUUGAGGAAUUGUACAACCUUGCAUUUGCAUCUCACUCAAACUACCCUUCCUUCACUCAACUUGCCUUUAGAUACUUUGGACGUUACAACACUCAAAAAAUGUCUCCCGAUCUCAAUUUUGAAAUAAAACACUUCGUUGAUUUGUUAAGAACCUUUUUUCUACCCCAACCACCUUGCCUACCACAAAGAUAUCGUCACAAAAGAGUUGUGCAUUUGUACACUGCGAGCCAGUUGCAUGAGGCAGGAGUGAAGUUUAAGUUGAGCUCAAGCAAAUGCUUAUUUGACUUAAAAUUCACAAACGGAGUGCUGGAAAUACCAUGCUUUCAACUAAAAAAUUUCACAGAGUGUUUCUUUCGAAACAUCAUGGCCUUGGAGCAAUUUCACUAUCGUUGGGAUCGUUAUAUUUGCGAUUAUAUUCGCAUAUUGGAUUUCCUUAUUGACACUACCAAAGAUGUGGAUUUACUUGUGCGAAAAAGGAUCAUGGUUAAUACUUUAGGGGACAGCAAUACAGUGGCAACUAUGGUCAACAAUCUCAACAAACAUACUCUUACCUUAAACACGAACUCCGAUUAUUAUCGUCUUUGUAAAGAUUUGAAUACAUUCUAUGACGAUCGUCGGCAGAGAUGGAAGGCUACCUUGAGACGUGAUUAUUUUAGCAAUCCUUGGAGGACUACUGCUACCAUAGCUGCUAUUGUCUUACUAGUGCUCACUCUCACACAGACUAUAUGCUCUAUUAUCUCAUUACCAUAAAUCUGAAGUUUAUGUAAUUCUAAUAGUAUUAGAUUACAUUGUGAUAACAUUUUAUUGUU